GUGCAUCCUAUCACCAGCGAGCAGGACGACAACUGACCGCUUCCCUGUGCUUGCACCUCGCGUCGUCUCGCCUGAUGCCUCCUGCUCGUGGACGGACGGGAACCCGACCAGAGCCACCGGCCGCCCGGCGUAUAAGAUUCUACCAGAGACGCCGCGCGCACCACAAGUCCUAGCGAAGGCGCGCAUUUAUUCUGUAAGCUCCCCACCACCUUUCUCCUCACUGCCCAGACAAGGACUCGGAAAAGCACCGGGCGAUCGCCGCUGCCCCCAGCUCCAAGACCAUCCAGCCAUCGAAGCCACCCCACGCCCUUCACACGAGCCGGCAACGCACGGCAACAACGCGCGUAGUUCUGUCUCAUCAGUCAUGCAUCGGCCUUGCAACAACCAACCCUGCCGCGGCUCCCGCGUCGCCGCCGCCGCCGUCCUCGCCGCGCUGAUGUGCGCGGCGGGCGUCGCCGACGCGGGCACCGGCACGUUCAUCUACGCCGGGUGCUCGCCGUCCAAGUACCAGCCGGGCACCCCGUUCAAGGCCAACCUGGAGUCCCUCCUCACCUCCAUCUCCAGCGCGGCGCUCAACGGCGGGUACAACACCUUCACGGCGGGCGCCAACGGCACGGGCGGCGCGCCGGCCGCGUACGGCCUCUACCAGUGCCGCGGCGACCUCGACGGCGGCGACUGCGCGGCGUGCGUGCGGGACGCGGUGGGGCAGCUGGGCCAGGUCUGCCCCGCGGCGUACGCGGCGUCGCUGCAGCUGGAGGGGUGCUACGUGCGCUACGACAGCAGCAACUUCGUCGGCGCCCCCGACACGGCCAUGGUAUACCGCAAGUGCAGCACGAGCAGCAGCAGCGACGGCGACUUCCUCAGGAGCCGGGACGCCGUGCUCGGGGACCUGCAGGCCGUGGGCGCCGGCGGGUACAAGGUGGCCAGCUCCGGCAGCGUGCGGGGCUUGGCGCAGUGCCUGGGAGACCUCGCGGCGGCCGACUGCACGGCGUGCCUGGCGCAGGCGGCCGGGCAGCUCAAGGGCACCUGCGGCAACGCGCUGGCCGCCGACGUGUACCUGGCGCAGUGCUACGUCAGGUACUGGGCUGACGGCUACUACUUCCGCCCGACACAAGAUUAUUCGCAGGACGAUAUCGGGAGGACCCUCGCCAUCGUCGUCGGCAUCAUGGCGGGGCUGGCACUCUUCGUGGUCUUCAUCUCUUUCCUUAGGAAAACAUGUAACUAGCAUCUUCUAUAGUUCUAUGCUCACAAGUGUCGUCCUGUACAAUCUGUGGGUGUCCGGUGUCCCUGAGUCUGUAGCACUAGCCUCAGUUAAACUGGUGUCUCGAUGCAGGCUAGCUGGGCCACUGGAACCUUGCUUCCACUCUCGGAUGAUGGCAUGAGAACAAAGGGCUGAGCUUGCGAAAGAGAUCGAUCAACUAGCGAAGCCUCCAAAAGCUUGGUGAAGAACAUGUAAUCUCAUUUUGUUAGGAAUAGAUGUGGGUCAUUUUGUUAGCAUGGGAUGUGGGCCGGCUAUCUGAGGAGCACUGUCUUGAUUUGGGUCAUCAUUUGUGGUCCACCGGUAGUGGCCUACUUA